AUGGAAGUGGAACGUAUCAUGGGCGGCAAGUACAAGCUCGGACGCAAGAUCGGCGGCGGUUCCUUCGGGGAGAUUUUCCUCGCUACACACGUCGAUACUUUCGAGAUCGUAGCUGUUAAGAUCGAGAACAGUAAAACAAAGCAUCCUCAACUACUAUAUGAAGCCAAGCUGUACAGAGUUCUUGAAGGAGGAAGUGGCAUUCCGCGGAUAAGAUGGUUUGGAGUUGAUGGAACAGAGAAUGCUUUAGUGAUGGAUUUACUAGGGCCAAGUCUCGAAGAUUUGUUCGUGUAUUGUGGGAGGAAGUUCUCACCAAAGACAGUCUUGCUGUUAGCUGAUCAAAUGCUAACGAGAAUAGAAUAUGUACACUCUAAAGGAUAUCUGCAUAGAGAUAUCAAACCUGAUAACUUUCUCAUGGGCCUAGGGAGGAAAGCGAAUCAGGUUUAUGUUAUUGACUUUGGACUUGCCAAAAGAUAUCGUGAUGCCAGCACCAACCGCCACAUCCCUUACAAGGAAAACAAGAAUUUAACAGGAACUGCAAGGUAUGCAAGUUGCAAUACACAUCUUGGAAUCGAGCAAAGUCGACGGGAUGACCUAGAAUCUCUUGGAUAUGUGCUUCUGUAUUUCCUAAGAGGCAGUCUUCCAUGGCAGGGUCUUAAAGCGGUUGACAAGAAGCAAAAGUAUGAGAAAAUCUGUGAAAAGAAGAUAUCAACUCCUAUUGAGGUUCUAUGCAAAAAUCACCCUGUGGAGUUUGCUUCAUAUUUUCAUUAUUGCCACACACUGACAUUUGAUCAGCGCCCUGAUUACGGUUUCUUGAAGCGGCUUUUUCGUGAUUUAUUCUCACGGGAAGGAUAUGAAUUCGACUAUAUAUUUGACUGGACUAUAAUAAAGUAUCAGCAAGCACAGAAAGCUAGAAAUCAGUCUCAGGAAGUUCCUGGGUCUAGCAAUGCGCGUGCAAUGCCAAUGGACACAAGCAAUCAACGAGGAGGAACUAAUAUCUCACACGAAGCUGAGGCCUCCGAGCGUGUUAGAUCAGUUAAUAAUAUUGGUCCAACCCCACAGAUGAAUAACAAUACGGCUACAAGGAGGAGUCCAGGUUUUGAUCACUCCCUCCACAAUAAAAUGCAAAUGCCAUCCACUUCAGCAUGUCCUGCUGGUCCCUCAAAAAGAAAUGACGGAAAGUCAGGUUUCCCUCCUGAAACAUCAAGUUCUGGGAAUGGGAAUAGAACCGGUGGGUGGACUUCAUCAUUCAUGUCUCGGGGGAAAUGA